AUGAUGAAUAUUAAUUUAGGUAAACCAGAUAUUAAAUGGUUGAGAAAUGGUGUGGAAAUAAAAAGCUCAGAAGAUUUUAGAUAUGAAAAUGCUGGUGCUGUUUAUAAACUUGUCAUUGCUGAAGUUUUCCCUGAGGACAGUGGAACAUACAUGGUAUUUGCUUCUACAGCUGCUGGUAAAGCAAUAAGUGCAUGUACAGUGCAAGUAACAGAUGAAGAUUCGAAAGCCCCAAUAAUUACAAGUUUUCCACAAUCUGCAAAUGUAGAAGAAGGCAAUUCAAUCAAAUUACUGUGUUCAGUAUCCUCGCAAGAUGGAGUUAAAGGGUUCAUCCUUGGGUGUAUACGAACACUCACACCAAGUUUUCUCAAAAUCCGACCAGAAUUGUGCCUUGUAGAGUGUUUACGAGCUUAA